CCUCACUCUCCNCCCCCCCCCCCCCCUUUCCAUCUUCUUCAUCUCUACGCCACCACCACCUCUCUCUCUCGUCUCCUCUCCCCCCACACGCUUCAAAGGUACUUCUUUUGGUUUCUUGAUUUCUUUCUCCCCUGUAAUGGGUCUUUUCCUUUCGAAAUCAUGGCUUUUCCGGCACUCUGUUUUGACAAGGCUUCCUUCUUUGGCCUCCCAAUUCAUCUUCUCCUGCUUUUUUCGUGUUGAUUUCUCACUCUAAUGGCCGAUUAUGUCAAUUCUUUAAAAAAAGAUUCGUUUUUUGCCCACAAAUCCCUCUGAAACUGAGAAUUUUCAAGAAACAGAGUGCCGGAAUUGUGUGAUUUUGCUUUCUUUUUGUGCGAAAUUCAAAAUUCCCAUUUUUUCCCUCACCUUUUUGCCAGAACGGAAUGGAUAUAUACGAAGUUAAGACGGUUUCAGUUCAGAGUUUUUUGGGGGCUGAAGGGCUAUAAAUACUCUUCUUUCCCGUCGGUUUAAGCUGAUCAAGAACUGUUAUUUAUAAUUAUAAUUAUAAUUAUUAUUUUCGCAGGUGAAAGUUUGUGACAAAAAAAAUGGGUAGUACGAAUUUCGUCGAUGAAAUGGACUGCGGCAGCUUCUUCGAUCACAUUGACGACUUGAUCGAUUUUCCGCCGGAGAACGAGUGCGCCGGCGGUGUCGGCUCCGGCGACUGCGUCAAUUUCCCCGGCAUUUGGAACCAGCCUUUGCCGGAUUCCGACCCAAUUUUCUCCGCCGCCGCCGCCAAUUCCGCUUCCGACCUCUCGGCCGAACUCUCCGUUCCGUACGAGGACAUAGUCCAGCUGGAAUGGCUUUCGACGUUCGUGGAGGAGUCGUUCUCCGGCAGGGGUCUCACUCUUGCCAAGGAAAACUGUUUAAUAAACCCCAACCCUCCUCCACCGUAUAAAUCCAAGACCGCCGCCGCAGCGGCGGCCGCCGCCGCCAGUCCCAUUUCGGUCCUCGAGAGCAGCAGUAGCAGCAGCAGCAGCUCCUCUUGCCCACGUGGCAUGAUGACGACAAUGCCCCUGAGCCCGAGCCAGCGUGGCCCGCAGCGGGCCCGCAGCAAGCGCCCCCGCCCCGUGGCAUUCAAUCCCCCCCGACCAGUCAUGCAGCUCAUCGAGACCCCGCUGGCGGCUCCGGGAGCGGAGCCGCCGCGGGACGCGGAGGAGGAGAAGAAGAAGAAGAAGAAAAAGAUCAAGUUCUCGGUGGCUUCGUCCGGGGCGGCGGCAUCACGUCAGCAGAAACCGGAGCGCGAGGAGGGAGAGGCCGUCAGGAAGUGCAUGCACUGCGAGAUCACGAAGACGCCCCAGUGGCGCGCGGGGCCCACGGGCCCGAAGACGCUCUGCAACGCCUGUGGGGUCCGCUACAAGUCGGGACGCCUCUUCCCGGAGUACCGGCCCGCCGCGAGCCCCACUUUCGUCGCGUCCGUGCACUCAAAUUCCCACAAGAAGGUGGUGGAGAUGAGGAGCCGGGCUUCCGGCACCGCCGCCACUCCGACCGCCGCGCCGCCGGCGAUCAAAUGAGGGGUAAGAAAGGAAGGAAGAAAGAAAGAAGGACAGUUUUCCUAGUGAGGAGUAAAUGAGAUUUUCUCCUCUCUUGUAGCUGCUGCAGUUGGGAUUUUUAUUACUAUUUUGUUUGUUUUUUUUAAAGUUGUCCCAUAUUUCAUUGGUUCUUUGUACAGAACUGUUUGAGGGUAGAAACUUUACUAGGUUUUGAAUUACCAUAAUUUAGCAAAACUGGGGAAAAAAAGUUGAUGCUUUUAGGGGCUAUAGAAUAAUUUUUUUAAUCUAGUGUUUUUUUUUGGAUUAGGUCUUUGAAAGUUUGAGAGUAAUAUAGGUUGUGUAAGUUU